UAUCCGGUUGUACCGGAAGUCUGACGAGGACAGAAUGGCUGCUCUAUUCUACGGUACAUUAACAACAGAACCGGAUGAAUAGCGAGUGAUGUGUUAUAGGCGGAGUUGUGCUAUCGAGAGAGGCACUGCCUGUUUUGUGCUGUAAAAUAAUAUGAACUGAGGUGUUGAGUUUGGUUAGUUUGCGAUCCACGUGAAGUCUAGGGUUUGUUGUUAGCUACCUGCCAGCCGGCUAGUGCGUUAUCUACAAAGACCGAGUCACCUGUCAUCCGGCACUGCUCGCUACAGCCUGUUAAUGGGUAAUACAUAGGACCUCCAGCCAGAAGACGACUGUUUUUUCCCCAGUAUAAGUCAAUAACAGGGUUAGCCCGCGCCUAAAUGCCCGAACAAGGCCCCAGGAUGAAUGGUUUUUCUCUCGGAGAGCUGUGCUGGCUGUUCUGCUGUCCGCCCUGUCCCAGUCGCAUCGCGGCCAAGCUAGCUUUCCUCCCACCGGAGCCCACGUACUCGGUGCACACCGAUGCUAACGGGGUAACUAGCUUGCAUUUAACCGAACGGGCAGACUGGCAGUACUCCCAGCGGGAACUCGAUGCCGUGGAGGUGUUCAGCACCAGGAGCAGCCGGGGUAACCGUGUUGGCUGCAUGUUUGUGCGCUGCGCCCCGAACAGUCGCUACACGCUACUGUUUUCACACGGCAAUGCCGUGGACCUUGGACAGAUGUGCAGCUUUUACAUCGGCCUCGGCUCCAGGAUCAACUGCAACGUGUUUUCCUAUGAUUACUCAGGUUACGGAGUCAGCACGGGUAAGCCCUCGGAGAAGAACCUGUAUGCGGACAUCGAAGCGGCCUGGCAGGUCCUGAGGAACAAGUAUGGUGUAACACCUGAGAACAUCAUCCUCUAUGGUCAGAGCAUCGGCACUGUGCCCACCAUUGACCUGGCUGCUCGCUAUGAAUGCGCUGCUGUCAUCCUACACUCACCACUCAUGUCAGGACUACGGGUGGCCUUCCCUGAUACACGCAAGACUUACUGCUUCGAUGCUUUUCCCAGUAUUGACAAGGUGGCCAAGGUGACGUCCCCAGUGCUGGUGAUCCAUGGUACGGAGGACGAGGUGAUCGACUUCUCACACGGCCUGGCCAUGUAUGAGCGCUGCCCCCGUGCCGUCGAGCCGCUGUGGGUAGAGGGAGCUGGUCACAAUGACAUUGAACUGUACACCCAGUACCUGGAGAGACUCAAGCAGUUUAUCUCCUUUGAGCUUCCCACCUCCUGAGGGGAGCUCAGCUUUCAGGCCAGGAUUCAUCUCAAAACACUCAAGAAACCUUCUCUUUGUCAUCUCUCAACUUCUUUGCAUUGGGGCAGGACUGGAGCAAACUGGCCAUGCUGUUCUCCCCUGUCCUUGGAGCCAUUUCAGGCUGGGAGUGUGUAGUGGACUGGAAGUAGAAGUGGUCUUACAUAGUUGAGGUGCAGCUGAGCACAGACCAUUCCCAGCUGGACAUACAGCUUUGGCUUAACACGUAUAGUCCCUAAAAUCUAGCUGCUGCUCUGACAUGUGGACUUACUGGCUAACUGGCCACUGACACUGGGCCUAGACGAGCAUUUGCACUCGUUGCUCAGUCUGGACUCAUGUCCCACUCCAGCUCUCACCCUCCUUCCCUUCCUCUGUUGUUUCUGUCUCCCUCACCUUUUCUUUGCCAGUGUCUCCAACUGUGUCACUCGGCCAUGUUUCCUUUUUAUUCCCUCCGUUUUUCCCCUAUGAUCCUUGCUUUGCUUUUGGCCGAGAGUCUUUGUUUAAUCCUGAUUUUUGUUUUUUUUUUCUACCAGGUGAAGAAGUAUUGAUUUUGCACCUCAAGAUACAAUUGAAGCUUUUUGUUGUUGUUGUUGUUGUUGUUUUUUUACUUUUUCUGUUUUGUUUUUUUUAUGUUACCAUUCAGGGUCAAUUUAAAAAAAAAAAAAAAAUUAAUAAAUGUGCACAUUUAACGUGCAGCUAUUUUC